ACCCACAAGGUACCUUAGUCCUUAGGCAAAAUGCAACCUUUCACUUGUUACAUGCUACCACUUUUUGCCAUCCUCUCAAUAUUUCUUUCACACAACUUCAUCACCAUCCAUGCAACUUCACGACUAACCGAAACCAAAACCAAAACCAAAACCAAAACCGAAACUAAUUUAGACACAUACAAAGAUUUUAUCAAGGCCUCUUGUCAAACCACAAAGUACGCGGACUUGUGCUACAAAACGCUUUCCCCUUAUGCCGCGAAUAUUCGAAAAAACCCUAUGGCACUAGCCAAUGCGGCGCUAACUGAGAGUUUGAAAAGUGCGAAAUCUACGUCGAAAGUUGUACGGGGAUUGUCGAAAGGGCGGGACUUGAGUACGAGAGACGGGCAGGCAGUGGCGGAUUGUUUGGAAAACAUGAGUGAUUCGGUGGAUGAGAUGAAGAAAUCAAUGGUGGCGAUGAAGGAAAUGGAGGGUCCGGAUUUUGAGGAGAAUAUGGAGAAUGUGAAGACUUGGGUGAGUGCAGCAUUGACUGAUGAGGAUACAUGUAUGGAUGGGUUUGAAGAAAAUGAUGGGAAGAUGAAGGAGAGCAUUAGAAGGUAUAUAGUGAAUGUUGCAGAGUUAACAAGCAUUGCAUUAUCCCUUAUUAAUAAUAUUUCUUCCACUUGAUGAAGUAUUAGCAAGAUUAUUUAAGUUAAGUAAUAAAGCAUCAAUAUAUGCCAAUA